AUGCAGACCCCUUUAUCCAAACAAACAGUUGGCUGUAUUGGGAAAUGCACUUCUGGACUGAGUAUCGAUGAAUUGGAUCAGAUAACAGAUAACAUACAUAAAACUCUGAAUCACCCGCGUGGAAGGGAGAUUUUUAAGAAAUUUUUGGAACGACGUGAUCUCAGGGACAAUCUCGAGUGUUUGACACUAUACGAAGUAUGUUUCGAGAUUGUCGCAGAGGAGACGAACUUCUCGCAAUCGAGGAGGGAGACCUCGCUGGAAUCGUUAAUCGAGAAAGUCAUGCAAGUGAAAGAAAUGGCUGAAGAUUUGGAUGGUGUACCACAGAUAGACAUGGCACUUCUAGAACGUUUCAAUGAAGCAUUGAACAGCGAUUCGAGAACAUCUUUGCUCAGUAUAUUGACAGAUACGAGAGAUCGGUGUCGCGAUCAUUUAAAACGCGUUCAUGAAAGUUUCAAACAUAUGACAGUAAGUAUAGCGACAUCCAAAUUGCUUUCUCAUUCGUGUCGGUGUUCAGUUGAUCGGUACAUGUUGGAUAUCUUAACUAUGAUAUGUACCGAAAAUAUUUACGUGGAUGACUCUCGUGUGCAAACAGUUAUUCUAAAAAUAAAUAACAUACGCGAUACCAUGAAAUCUUUGGAGGAAAGUCUGAUGAUCACGCGAAGGUUAGAAACCGAGCAAUGGCUGCGACAUUCAGAUUUGAAAGCAAAGAACAAAACGAUGAUGGACGAUCUCAGAAAAGCGAACAAACUCAAUAAAAAUAUGCUCAGUAUGCGGGGAUGGAUCAACGGCCUUCAACGAAAAUUAUUAACGCUUGGCGACAGACUCGUCGAACGAGAUGAAGCCGUGGAAAAUAUUUGCAAAAAAUAUUUGUCUCUGAAACAGCGGAAGGACGAACGAGAGGACUUGUUACGUGCAUCCACUGAAACGUCGCAGGAUGCACCGAAGAAGUCAAACGGCGAAGCUUCGAGAACAGAUUCUGGAAUAUCAUUUAAUAAAGACGCGUUAUUAAGACGAGAAACGCGGCGUAGCGAUCGUUCGGCUUACAAAAAUUGUUUUCUAAAGAUCCUUCUGCAGAAAGCGAAACGUAGUUGCGAGACUAGUGUCACUGCUUUCGACAAAACCGCGUAA